CUUAAUCUUUCCUAGACAAGGACUGAUCUAUUUUUUUUAAUUUGCAACUCAAGGCUAAACAUUCAACAAUUCUAAAUCGUUGAGAAGUUUUCUGUUUUUUGAAGAUGAUUUUCUGCCUAGUUCAGCACAUUCCUAGCUCCGUCCUCUGCUCUACUAGAUAAAACUCUAGCACCUUCAGUUUCUCCUGCUUCAAUAUGGAUAUGGCCAGCCUGCUGGCUGCUCAGCAGCUCCUCUCUAGUCCGAACAGCAACCUAACCGCAGGACAGCAGCAGCAGCUUCUAGCCAGUAUGAGCAGCAGUUUAGCACAACUAACCACUAGCCAACAGCAGCAGCUGCUCGCCAGUCUGACAGGAAUGUCUAUGCAGAACUCAGGAAGCAGCAGUUCUAUUACAGGUUUAACAACAGCUCAGCAGCAGCUCCUGGCUGCUGCCGGUACAUCUCUCACUAGUGUAUCCGGCAAGGAUCCAUACUCCAGGUCUAGUACUCCUUCCACUCCUACUCCGUCUGGUACUCCUCGUCCUACAGGUUCCAAUACUCCCCGCCCUCCUGCCCCCGCCACACCCACCUCUAUCCCCUCCUCCCUGAACCUGCUCUGCACCAACGGUGCCCUGGAUCCCGCCAGCCAGACUAAGUACCAACAGCUCCUCUCAGUCAUUGAGGAGAUGUCGAAGGAUAUCCGACCCUGUUACGCAGGAUCAAAAUCAAGCGCGGAGAGACUUAAGCGAGGGAUCGUCUAUGCGCGUAUCCUCGUUCGAGAGUGCCUAGUUGAAGCUGAGCGCAGUGCACGUAGCUAGGAAUAUCUCUAAUACAUCAUCUGCUGUGCGUGAAACCUGUUUAUAUUGUUUUUGUAAUUUAUACAGCUACUGAUGAGUGAUAAACAAAUUUGAAGCUCAACACCUGAGAUUUUUACUUCGAUUGUACAUUGUGACCUCAACAUGGAAACGUAAUAUUAUUCUUGUACCGUAUUUACAUACAUACACGUUUAAAUAAAAAUAACCCUGCGUUUAA